AUGGCUCUCAAGAGAAUCAACAAGGAACUCGCUGAUCUGGGCCGUGAUCCCCCCUCCUCCUGCUCUGCUGGUCCCCAAGGAGAGGAUUUGUUUCACUGGCAAGCUACGAUAAUGGGUCCUGGUGACUCGCCAUACUCGGGUGGUGUUUUCUUCCUAACGAUUCACUUCCCUACCGACUACCCAUUCAAGCCGCCAAAGGUCAACUUCACGACCCGUAUCUAUCACCCCAACAUCAACUCGAAUGGCAGCAUCUGUCUUGACAUCCUCAGAGACCAAUGGAGCCCUGCUCUCACAAUCUCUAAAGUGCUGCUGUCCAUCUGCUCGAUGCUCACAGACCCCAACCCGGACGACCCGCUGGUGCCCGAGAUCGCGCACGUUUACAAGACCGACCGUCCUCGGUAUGAAGCGACCGCUCGCGAAUGGACCCGCAAAUAUGCUGUUUGA